UCUAUUUUUUAUUGGCACUCGAUCACAUUCGUCUUUCUGUAUGUAAGUAUACUUUUUGACCGUAUAAUUUAUAUGUACUUUGUUAAAAAGUCGUAUAAAAAAUAUAAUAAUGGUACGCCCUUUGAUAGAUGAUAAGGCUAACAAUGUUUAACAGAGAUUCUUUCGCCAUUUCUUCCGAAGGGGUAGUUCCUAAAUACUAUUGAUUUGUGGCAUUGAUAUUAUUUAAUAUAGAAUAUGACGUGAUAAGGUCUAAUUUCUGAAUGUUUUGACUUUUUUAAAAUAUUUUGCGCCAAAGAUCGAUCGUAUAUGCUAAAAAUAUUAGUCGAAGAAAUUAUCUAAGGUUCUUAAAGUUUGCUGUAGAGUUCGAGGAACUCCUACAGUGCGUGACCGUACAACAGUUAAUAGCUUGAACCUAAGCUAACUCAUGGAUUCUACGACUUUCGGCUUUCCAUGCCCCGUAGCCCACUGACGUCAUCAAUCACCUGAUAAACCUCCAUUGGAGUACACACUGGGGCAAUCGUCUUUCGAUAGCCAGCCAAAAGCUCUUUAGUCAGUUGAUUUCGGAGUGUCGCGCGACCCGCAAGUAUUCAUACAAAAUUGACGACCGGGGUAAUCCAUUUUGUAGUCAUGGUUACGACAAAGCUGGCUUUAACUUUCGUAGAUAACAAAACGAACAAAGCAAUUUAGUGACUUCCCGCAAACUAUAGUUUUAGAAAGUUAUGCUAAGAUGUUAUGGUGGAAACAGCUCGAGAGGGUUCAGGACAACGUCAUAAUGAUUGAACGGGAAGAAGAGCGGAUCAGACAGUACCGUGAACAAACAUCAGUGACCCUCACUAUACCCACUAGGGAUCCGAUACUACAUGAUAAUUUUUUGAUAGCAAACUUGGAGCAUGUCAAAUCACUCCAAGCUUCUCUUUUUCCUAUAUGUACUAAAGGCACCUUCAUAUCGAGUUUUCUGCAAAACAAUCUCAAGACAAAUCAGUUAGAAAUCAACACCGAUAUCCGAACAUUUCGAACUACAGCCAAAUUGAAAGAACCUCGCGAUCUUUUCGCGUUGCCUAAAGAACUUGAUUGUCCACAACAAGCACCAAGGUGGCCUUCGGAAUGCCAGGUCAUUGAAGAACGUAUACAACAUAUCAUGUGGAAUCCUGCAUCCCCUGAACCGUACUACAUUGCAACUGGGAAAGAACUACGUCCGCAGCCUGUGGGAGAGGAAGCUGGCACUGUAAUUUUUCAAUACUAUCCCAUGAGUGCCGUCAACUAUUUCAGCCGAUCCACUGUUGGUGGAUCUAGAUUAUAUUUAUCAGCUUGUGCAAGUGCAGGAGGAGAAGAUGAGUUGCGAUUUGAAUCACGAUUCGAAAGCGGAAACUUGGCUAAAGCUAUACGAAUUACCUCAGAAUAUUACGAAUUGCACUUGAGAACCGAUCUUUAUACAAAUAGACAUAUGCAAUGGUUCUAUUUUAGGGUAACGAACACAAAGAAACAAAUGAUGUAUAGAUUCUCGAUCGUAAAUUUGUCGAAGGCUGAAAGCUUAUACAAUGAAGGCAUGCGACCUUUAUUAUACUCUACGAAAGAUGCUCAACUGCAUUCUAUAGGUUGGAGACGGUGUGGUGAUAAUAUUGCGUACUACAAAAAUGAUUCAACAUCAGAAGAAGAGGAACAAUUUCCAAGCUACACGCUGACUUUUAACAUAGAAUUUCCUCAUACUGAUGACGCUGUUUAUAUAGCCCAUUGUUAUCCAUACACAUACUCGGAUUUACAAGAAUAUUUAUCGAGACUUCAAGCCCAUCCAGUGAAAUCAACUUACUCCAAAUUAAGACUACUAUGUCGGACUUUAGCUGGCAAUAAUGUGUAUUACCUUACCGUGACUGCUCCGCCAAAUCCUAAUGAAAUAGAACCAAAGAAAAAGAAAGCUGUAAUAAUAACAGCCCGAGUACAUCCAGGAGAAACUCCAUCCUCUUGGAUGAUGAAAGGUUUUAUGGAUUAUUUGACCGGCGAUUCCAACCAAGCCCGUGAGCUGCGUGAAAAGUUUAUUUUCAAAUUAGUGCCUAUGUUGAACCCCGAUGGUGUUAUUGUCGGGAACAACCGGUGUUCACUGACCGGAAAGGACUUAAAUAGACAAUAUCGGACAGUAAUCAGAGAAACGUAUCCACCAGUUUGGCACACGAAAGUGAUGAUUAGAAGAUUACAGGAAGAAUGUGGGGUAGCUAUGUACGUAGACUUACAUGCACAUUCAAGAAAACAUAAUAUAUUUAUUUACGGGUGUGAGAGUCGUAUAAGGAAUUCUGACAGACGAUUACAAGAGCAAGUUUUUCCAUUGAUGUUACAUAAAAAUGCAGCGGACAAGUUCUCAUUCGAAAACUGCAAGUUUCGUAUACAACGUAGUAAAGAAGGUACCGGCCGUGUUCAAGUUUGGUUGCUAGGAGUAGCGAACAGUUACACCAUGGAAGCUUCAUUCGGAGGAUCAGAAUUAGGCAGCAGGAUGUCGACACACUUUUCUGUGCAAGACUACGAAAGCUUAGGACGAACUUUCUGUGAAACAUUACUAGAUUUCUGUGAUGAAGAUCCCAGUAAAGAACGAUUAAGAACAAAAAUUGUUACUCGUCUAUUGAAGGAAGGGUCUAAUGCCGAUGAACCAACUAAUAUUGAUUUAUCAGAUUAUUCAAGUGAUGAGGGAGAUACAUCAAGCAGUAGUUCUGAAGCAGGAAACCUAAAGGAACCCAUAGACAUAAAGCAGCCAGCACCGCCACCUUCGCCAAUGUUUCCUGAUAUCCACAAUGCCUGUACCGGCAGCGGAGAAGUAAAACAAAGAAAAGCACGCCCCAAAUUAGAAAAAAUGAAAAGGAUAGAACGGAUAGAAAGGAAGAAGACGAAACGAGAAACUUUACGAGUAUCAAGAGCUACAAUAGACUUAACAUCGGAUGCAAUGACAGACAUGUCUUCAGACGGAGACUCUGGCGAUGAAAAUCUUAGUCCAAUCAGAAGAGUUCGUAGACAUUUACAUUCCUCUGCGAAACCAAAGCCAAGGCGAAAGAAGAAAAUGCCUCCAGAACUCAAAAUUAUUCCAGCACCGACAAGUGACUCGCCAUAUCACUCAGAUCGUGAGAAACAAUUAUCCAAAAUUGGGAGGCCUCGUAGUGUGUCAAUGGUUAAUGAAACUAUUGAGAAAUCCAAAUUAAAACCUGCUUCUUGGCAUCAAUUUAGACAUUUACCCCCACCAAAAUGCUUAGCAGAAAUAAAAACUAAAAAUACUCAACCAUCAGAGGUACAGGUCAAACUUAGUUCUCUUAAGAGGAAUGUAUGGAGUGGAAUACACAGUGACGAAAAGGGGCCUCUAUCUUGGGGAAUAUCAAGUUUUGCAAUGAAUUCAUAUUUCACUGAUAGUGAAGCCCUACUGAGGUCUUGCUCAAAAAAACUAGAAGAACUGGAAGGAGAAAAGAAAAAGAACAAAGAGGAAAAGAAGAAGAAAAAAAUGAAAAUCAAGAAAAUUUCUCUGAAAGUGCCAAAUGCUGAUGAUAUAGCAGAACCAGUUAACAAAAUACCUAAAACUAUCAAGAAAAAGGGGAAGUUGAAACAUACCAAAUCUGAAAAUGCCACUUAUGUGAAUAACACCAGUUUUACAGAUAUACCAAGAAAUACACAGCCAGAAUCACAAAAACAAAGUGAAACUAAACAAAGCAAAAGCCGUUUUAGAAAAACUGCACUUGUCACAACGGCAAUACAGACUAAAAAGAUUGCCGGGAAAUUGAUUAGUACAAUAAUGUCAGACCAUUCUGAUUCAGACGAGUCUAUCAAUUCUAUAAAGAAGGUGAAAAAGAAAACAAAAUCGAAUAAACCCAAGUUAAAAAAGUCUGCUUCAGAGAGUAAACACAAAAAUUAGAAUAAUAUUUCAAUCAUUAAAAUAAAGUUGUUUAAAAUGUUAAAUAGUUGUAAGGGUAGUAAUUGUUGCUAAAGUAUGAUUUUCUACAUAGUAUGAUUUUUCUUUAUAUAGUUGGUAGCUUCUCUGGAUAAAAGUGCCUUGAAACUUGAAAGGAAGGUUUAAUUUAUGAAUAAAUACAUGAAUUUGACUAUUAUAUUAGUGACCUCUAUAAAGUCAAGUUUACACUAGACAGGGGUCUAGUAUAAACUUGAAGGACUUUAUAGGGAUUAAGCAUGAUGACUACUAAUAAAAUUGUUGUUGAUAUUAAUCCAUUAUUGAUGAUACAUUUUUACCAAAACAAAAAAAAAAGAAAUUAAGUUGGUAAAUUUUGUUACAUAUUUAGAAUUCAGUUAUUCUUUAACUGUAGUUUUCAUUAGGUGAACUUUCAACAGAAGGUCGUAGUGUAAGUAGUAUCUGACUAACAUAGUAUGUAACGUCUACCUUACAAACAGGUGGUGAAUUACCUAUGCGCGUGCAGGUCAAAUAAUUGUUUAUCUAUUAUGUCUCUAUUCUCCGCGAUCGUCAGGAUAACCAAAGUACAUACUAACAAGACCAAGACAGACCAAGGAGAAGUUAAACUUGAAAGAAACUGGAUAAUUAGUAUUCUCAAAAGUGAUUGUAUGGUGUAGAUUUCAUAGAAAUUUCACUUGUGAAAAAUUAUUUUCAUGAAUACGUACCGCGCAA